AUGGCAGACCUGCUGUUUUCACCCCAGCUGAAACCCGAAAUGUACCAAAACAGCUUCAACCAAGCCAGCUCUUCCAUCUCUACCCCACCAAGCGUUGACCAUUCGGACGACGAACCCGAACCCUCAACCACGAGUCGCUCUACGGAUUCGGGCUCGGAGCACGUGAAGCGGCCGAUGAACGCAUUCAUGGUAUGGUCACGCGGUCAGCGAAAGAAAAUGGCCGUGGAAAACCCAAAAAUGCACAAUUCCGAAAUUUCGAAACGUCUUGGUCAAGAAUGGAAAGAAUUAACUGAAGCUCAGAAGCGACCUUACAUUGACGAAGCCAAAAGUUUGAGGAAUCAACACAUGCGCAAUCAUCCCGACUACAAGUAUCGGCCUAGAAGAAAGCCCAAAGGCAUGCGUGCGUCGGUUGGUGCUCAGCCGGUUGGCGCUCUUAACGCUAAUUUGCAUGCAGCUUCGAAAAUGCAUCAACAGUUGCCACAUUUUUCACAAGGUUUUAAUGGUAGGUUAAUUUUUAAAAAAAUAAAAAAAUCCAUAGUUUAAAAUGUUCUUAGAGCGUAAAAAUCUAAAAUCAUAUAUUCUUUAAUGUUUUUUAUGCAAACGCAGUUCCUUUGUUUUCCCUGAUUCAAUUUUGAAAUUAAAUUGGCAAGGUUUCGCGCCAAGACAAAAAAAAAACGAUUGUUUUGUUGUAAAGAAUGGCUUCGCAACACCGUCAUUAUUCUUUCCUUAACCAUUCGGUGUGUUUUUUUGGUUGAAAAGGCGCCGAAAACGUUGUGCUGGACAUAAAAACGAAUAUAAUUCAAAAAUUGCUGGGAACUUCUCGUUUAGUUCCGGAUAUUCUUUGAAAUUUUCGAAUUUCUUUGCACCUUUUUGUGCCUGGCCCUUUUUAUGCGAAAAACACUCGCGGAGACAAUGGAAGAAUGGAAAUGGAAAGAAACACACAAUAAGGAACGCCUUACUGUUGUAUAUGACUUGUCAGUUUUUUCAUUUGUUUUGCUAUUGAAGUGCUACAUAGGUGUAAAAGGCGGAUCAGCGGAUGACGUUGUUUUACAUUUUAAUAAACGAUUUGCGUGGCAAAAAUUACAUUACUAUAAAUUGAGCUCAUGAAACUUAAAGUAUCAAAAAUUUGAUAAUUUCAACGAUAUUUUAAUUCAAUCAAAAUUUGUACAAAAAAUUAUAAUAAGCGUUUGAUAUGAAAUGCUGAAAAUGACGGAGAAGGUGUUAAUUAGUGUAAUUAACUUAUUAAUUUUUCAGUCAUACCGGCAAAGGUCAGACAAUAUUUCUUGUAGGCGACGAACAACUUAUCUAAUCCAUAAAAAUUUUUAAAAAAGAAUUGAGUACUUUUAAAAGUAAUUUACAAAAAUUAUUUAAAAUUUCAUAAAUUAAAUAACAUAUUUUGUUAUACUUUAAGUGGUCACAAUUGUAAUCUUAUCAUAACUGUCUGCGUUCAACAACAAACAUUACGGUUAUAAAGAUUCGUUCUUUGCCUUAGGUCGUGACAAAAAUGCCUUUUCUUAUCAGUAGCGUGAAAGAAUUAUAUGGUGGGAAACAAUGCGUUUUGAACAAUAGAAUCUCGUCUUAUUUCUGAUUUUACAACGAAAAUUUGAGCUGAUAACAACAAGCCUGACCUUCCGGAACGUUCCUUCAAUCAAUCCUGAUAAGUGGGGGUUAAUUUACUGUUCAUUGUUUCAUCAAGGGUUCACAAUGUUUGGACUUUAUAGGAAACAGUAAACACACAAACAAUUUUUAAAAAUGAUAAAUAAGCUACAUUGGUUACUACAGAACACGUUACUGUUAUAUAAACAUAAACAUAAAAAGUACAACGAGUUGAAAAAUAUAUAGUUUAACGGCAGAAAUUUACCUUUGUAGUUUAAAAAUUUAAAAAAAUAUUUUUAUUAUAAAAACUUUAUUUUAGCCAUCAACCCAUUCCAACAAGCAUUUGUGGCCGCUCAAACCGUUCCAACCUCAAUUCCAACUACAUCUUCUUUUGUAAAUCCGACUGUGGCAUUGGCGCUGCAACAACAAAUUCAAGCCCACCAGUUGCAACAGACAUUGAUCCAAAACCAACUUCUCGAGAACGAGAAGUAUCAACUUUUGGCGUUUGCUGCUCUUCAAAACCCAUUGUUGACUGGACUACCGGGCUUGGUAUCUCCACCGACUUCGAGUAACACAUCGCCCGAACCUCUGACAGGGAACAUAACGCCAGAGUUGCAAAAUGCAAUCUUACAAUACGGACUGCAUGUGCAACGAUUGGCUGUCGUAUCACAAUUGAACAACACGAUGGACUUGAACAAAGAUGUGUCGUCACCUAGUAGUACUGAAACCUCGGCCAAUGAGUCAAUUUAG